GUACUCCAACUUGCAUACCACAUUUUGUGUUGUUUGUGAUCAUGUGGGGAAAAAGGUCAUGCGACGGGGAUGGAGCUAAUUUGUGCAACAAAGCACAAUAACGACCAACCAACAAUGCCUCUUCAAUUACUCGCUAUCCAACUCCAGCAAUACUUAACAGAUCAAUUAAAAGCAAAUCGCAAGGUGUUGUUUGCUGGAGAAAUUGUCUUGAGAGAAAAAGCAAUAAUUGUAAAGGCAGCAUGAUUCUGAAAAAAGUACAUUUCCAUAAUCUGAUCAACAACAGAAACUUGCUAUAAUGGGUGUGGAAGUGGAAAGAGAGAGUUAUGACAGAGAUUGGAGUGUAAUGUUCAAUAAAAACAUAACACAUCAAUAAAGCAUUCUUGCUUUU